AUGGUUCACUCCGUCAAUAGCGGUCAAAUGUUCAAGUUGAAAUCACUUCUCAUCCUGUUAGUACCCAUUUGCAGGACUCUGACUCCGGGCCACGAUGCAGUCCAAAAGGUAACCCUAAUCCCACGUGGCCAAGCACGUGGGCUUACUUGGUUUAUUCCUACCGACGACCCAACUUUGAUCUCCAAGCAGCAACUCUUUGCAAGAAUUGUUGGAGGUCUUGGAGGCAGAGCCGCCGAGGAAGUUAUAUUUGGGGAGCCUGAGGUGACCACUGGCGCUGCAGGUGAUUUGCAACAGAUCACUGGCUUAGCCAAACAGAUGGUGACCACAUUCGGCAUGUCAGAGAUCGGCCCAUGGUCACUGAUGGACUUAUCAGCACAAAGCGGUGACGUCAUCAUGAGAAUGAUGGCGAGGAACUCUAUGUCGGAGAAACUCGCAGAGGACAUCGACGCGGCCGUGAAGAGGAUAUCAGACAAAGCAUACGAGGUUGCUUUGGCUCAUAUUAGGAACAACCGAGAAGCAAUUGAUAAGAUCGUGGAAGUGCUUCUCGAGAAGGAAACUUUGUCGGGCGACGAAUUUAGAGCAAUCCUUUCCGAAUUCGUGGAGAUUCCUGCUGAGAAUAGGGUUCCUCCAGCCACUCCUGCAGCUGCUCUCCCUGCUUAGUUUGCUCACUCAGAAACAAUAUGGAUGGUUGUUGUGAAAUACGGUAAUGUUCAUAUUUGGAUUCGUGUAUUCACUAUUUCUGGAUACGAUGUCGAAUUUUUGAUGUAAAAUCUGUAUAAUAUACUUUUGAUUGAGUGUAGCUACAACUAUCCUUCGGACUUUU